CCCCCUUUCUCUCUCUCUCUCUAAACUUGAAUUUCUUCCAUGGGGAAAAGAAUUCAAAUAACACACAUUUCAAUACUUCUUUUCUUGAUCAUAUUUACAUCUUGUGAUGAACAUCAUCAUCAUCAUGUAAAUUGUGCUAGGCACACACAAUUUCUCAAAGUAAAGCCACAAUCUAAUAAUAAUCAUGAUUCCCCAAACCCUAAUUUCUUGGGGUUUUUGCCGAAAGGCGUUCCUAUUCCGCCUUCCGGCCCUUCCCAGAGGCACAACGCCAUCGGCUUGGACGCAAGUGGGGCCCGCUCACCUUGAAGAUCGAGUAAUUUUC